AUGAAAUUCUUUGUCUCGUCUUUCCUCGUGGGAGCAUGUGCUGCGUCAAUACGGCAGCAAGUUCCUCUUCAAGACCAAGCGCCACAACAGCUACAAGAUGCCUGGACAAAACCCCUCAAGGAUCUCAAAAACUCCUUGAAGUACCUCAACAAAGAAACCCGAGCCGUUUGGGAUGAGGUUGCCAUGAUGUUUCCGGGAGCUAUGGACGAAGCCAGCUUCAUUUCCACUCCCAAGAAGCACGAUCGCCGACCAGACAGCCACUGGGAUCACAUUAUUCGCGGCGCCGAUGUCCAGAGCGUAUGGAUUGAGAACGAGAACGGCGAGCAAGAGAGGGAAAUCGAUGGAAAGCUCAGUGCUUAUGACUUGAGAGCCAAAGGUGUUGACCCGGGCUUACUUGGAGUGGAUCCGAAAGUGAAGCAGUACAGCGGUUAUCUUGAUGACAACGACAACGACAAGCAUCUGUUCUAUUGGUUCUUUGAAUCUCGAAACGAUCCUGAGAACGAUCCCGUGGUUCUAUGGCUCAACGGAGGACCAGGAUGCAGUUCAUUGACGGGUCUCUUCCUCGAGCUCGGUCCGGCCUCCAUUGACGAUAAGCUGAACAUUGUCCACAACCCAUAUUCGUGGAACUCGAACGCUUCCGUAAUCUUCCUCGACCAGCCUGUAAAUACAGGCUAUUCGUACAGCGGAGGCUCAGUCAGCGAUACCAUCGCUGCUGGCAAGGAUGUAUACGCUUUGCUCACCCUCUUCUUCAAGCAAUUUCCCCAAUACGCCCAUCAAGACUUUCAUAUUGCCGGAGAGUCGUAUGCUGGACAUUACAUUCCUGUGUUUACAUCCGAGAUCAUGAGUCACAAGAAGAGAAACAUUAACCUCAAAUCUAUCCUGAUCGGUAAUGGUCUUACCGACGGUCUCACGCAAUACGAAUACUACAGGCCUAUGGCUUGCGGCGAUGGUGGCUGGCCAGCCGUUGUGGAAGAGAGCCAGUGCCAGGGAAUGGACAACUCGCUCCCUCGAUGCCAGUCACUCAUCGAAGGCUGCUACAACAGCGAGAGCGUCUGGUCAUGUGUUCCCGCGGCUGUCUACUGCAACAACGCCAUCAUCGGACCCUACCAGCGAACAGGACAGAACCCAUACGAUGUCCGCGUGCCAUGCGAAGAUGGAUCGCUCUGUUACAGUCAACUUGGAUGGAUCAGCAAAUGGCUCAACAAGCCAGAGGUUAUGGAAGCACUCGGCGCAGAGGUUGACAGCUACGACGGCUGCAAUUUCGAUGUCAACCGUAACUUUUUGUUUGCUGGUGAUUGGAUGAUGCCUUUUCACCGCUUGGUGCCAGGGAUCCUUGAAAAGAUGCCCAUACUGAUUUACGCCGGUGAUGCGGACUUUAUUUGCAACUGGCUUGGAAACCAAGCUUGGACUGAGGCUCUCGAAUGGCCUGGGCAGGAGGCUUACAACAAAGUGGCACUCGAGGAUUUGAAGCUCGGCGGUGACGGCCGAAAGAUUGGCGAAGUCAAGAACAACGGUAAUCUCACAUUCAUGAGACUUCACGCUGGAGGCCACAUGGUUCCUCUGGAUCAGCCAGAGGCCAGCUUAGACUUCUUCAACCGUUGGCUGAGCGGUGAGUGGAUGUAA